CUCUGGGGCUAUAAAAGACCCGGUUGCUAUUUUAUACUCCGGGAGUCACUCAUGCUUUAAGGGAGUAGGGUGGGGCUAAGUGCGCGUGCGCGGUUUUAAUACUCCUCCCUAAACUGCCAACUCUUCGCCCAAGCGAGGUAGGCCCGCCCUGCCUGGUUCUACGCGUGCGCACUAACGGGCCUAGCCCCGGAAGACCUUACGCCUGCGCGGUGUGCACUACGGUGACAGUACCCCGGGUGGGGCGCGGGCCGGUCAUGGCGGAGUCUUGGUCUGGACAGUCUUUGCAGGCUCUGCCGGCCACGGUGCUAGGCGCGCUGGGCGCGCUGGGCAGCGAGUUCCUGCGGGAGUGGGAGGCGCAGGACAUGCGUGUGACCCUCUUCAAACUGCUGCUGCUGUGGUUGGUGUUAAGUCUCCUGGGCAUCCAGCUGGCGUGGGGGUUCUACGGGAACACGGUGACCGGGUUGUAUCACCGCCCAGGUCUGGGCGGCCAGAAUGGAUCCACACCUGAUGGCUCCACACAUUUCCCUUCGUGGGAAAUGGCAGCAAACGAACCUCUCAAAACCCACAGAGAAUAAGGGAAGGCAGAGAGGUCUCCAGGGGGCAUCACUGGGUCUGCUGCUACUCAGGUCCCAGGGACAACACAGAGGCUCAGGGUUGGGGGCAAGGAGCGCCCAGUACUGCAGGACUGGGUCUCCACUGCCCUUAGCCCUGCCUCCAACAGCCCCAGGCGCUGGGCGAGUGAAGAGUUUGCCUCUCCCUUGAUCUGGGUGCCUUAAAGGGAGAAAGUGUGUGCUUCCUCUCUGGGGUCAGAGCACAGGAGACUCCUUUGGGUUGAGGAGGCCAACAGACCCUUUUCCGUCUUGGCUUUUCCCUAUCCCUCUUCUCAUCGCACUGGGAUGUGACCCUGCAAAGACUUGUCCCUUUGAGAGGAAAUCUAAGAUUGACUAAGAUUUCUAAGGGAAGACUGUUCUACCCUAAGCCCUGAGUUUUCUGGAUUUCUUUGCUUUUGCUUUGUUGCCAGGGAGCCAGGGAGUCCUGGCCUAGACCCGGCCUUCUGUCCUGUGGUCACUUAUUUGGUCACUCAGGUAUCAACAAGAUGUCCUUGCUGGCACCAAACACCUACUGCCGUGGCCCUCCCAGUGUGAGCCAGGCACAGGAAAGAGUCAUUCCCAACUGUCCUGCUCAUAUUUCUGUCUUUCUUGAAAGCCAGGGUUUGGGAGCAGUUGGUUCCUGGAAGAGGCACAGCCCUCCAGCUGAGCCCCUGGAAUGACCUCCCACUUCCUCUGCUUAAGUGCCCAUGGGGUCUUAGGUGUACCCUGCCCUCUCAUAGGGCAGACUAAGCAGUGACUGCAGAGCAGCCCCAUGGUGCUUGCAGCUGCACCGUUUCCCAUCUUGACUGGAACAGGUAGGGCAUCCUCCUAAGAGCCCAGUCUCAGUUCCUCCCCAGAAGUACCAUCUCAGCCAGGACCUUCAAGGGAAAGAUCCACAAGCCUCCUGCACAGUGCGCCAGGGGAGCUUCCAAAGGGGCAGGUGGCAGAUGCCCCACAGAAACACUGUGUGGCCCUGGGCCUGCCUCCUCCCCUAAUAGCCACACUUCUGCCUGCCUCUGCUGGAUCACCAGCCAUCCCACGGCCCGUUUGCUCUUUGUUGGAUGUCACAUUUCCAUCUCAUAGCCUUUGCCUAGGCUGACCCUGUGGCAGAGGUGUACCAGAAGUGGACGUGCACUGAGCUCAUUCACACAGACCCAUUCUAGAGAUGUCUUCUGGCUGGCAGGAUGGUGGUCUUCACAGGCCCACCCCACUGACAUCACCGUACAGGCCUCACAUUUCACCCCAGGCUCUGCUGAGGACAUGGCUUAUUAAACACAGAAGUGCA